AUGGCGGCGGCCGCGGCGGCGCUCUCGGGCGCGGGCCCCCCACCCGCGGGCGGCGGCGGGGCCGGGGGCGGCGGGUCCCCGCCGGGCGGCUGGGCCGUGGCGCGGCUCGAGGGCCGCGAGUUCGAGUACCUGAUGAAGAAGCGCUCGGUGACCAUCGGGCGCAACUCGUCGCAGGGCUCGGUGGACGUGAGCAUGGGCCACUCGAGCUUCAUCUCCCGGCGCCACCUCGAGAUCUUCACGCCCCCGGGCGGCGGCGGCCAUGGCGGGGCCGCCCCGGAGCCGCCCGCGCAGCCCAGGCCCGACGCGGGCGCGGGCGGCGACUUCUACCUGCGCUGCCUCGGCAAGAACGGCGUGUUCGUGGACGGCGUGUUCCAGAGGCGCGGGGCGCCGCCGCUGCAGCUGCCGCGCGUGUGUACAUUCAGGUUCCCGAGCACAAACAUCAAGAUCACGUUCACUGCCCUGUCCAGCGAGAAGAGAGAGAAGCAGGAGGCGCCCGAGUCCCCGGUGAAGCCCGUGCAGCCGCACAUCUCGCCCCUGACCAUCAACAUUCCAGACACCAUGGCCCACCUCAUCAGCCCCCUGCCGUCCCCGACGGGGACCAUCAGUGCCGCCAACUCCUGCCCGUCCAGCCCCCGGGGAGCGGGGUCUUCCGGGUACAAAAUGGGCCGUGUGAUGCCCUCUGACCUCAAUUUGAUGACUGACAACUCGCAGCCAGAAAAUGAGAAGGAAGCUUCAGGUGGAGACAGCCCAAAGGAUGACUCAAAGCCGCCUUAUUCCUAUGCACAGCUGAUAGUGCAAGCGAUCACCAUGGCUCCCGAUAAGCAGCUCACCCUUAAUGGGAUCUACACCCACAUCACCAGAAAUUACCCGUACUACAGGACCGCGGACAAGGGCUGGCAGAAUUCCAUUCGCCACAAUCUCUCUCUGAAUCGUUACUUCAUCAAAGUGCCGCGUUCCCAGGAAGAACCAGGCAAAGGCUCCUUCUGGAGGAUAGACCCUGCGUCCGAGAGCAAGCUGGUGGAGCAGGCCUUCAGGAAGAGGCGGCCGCGCGGCGUGCCUUGCUUCCGGACGCCGCUGGGACCGCUGUCCUCUCGGAGUGCGCCGGCCUCCCCCAACCACGCUGGAGUGCUGUCUGCUCACUCCAGCGGCGCCCAGACCCCCGAGAGCCUGUCAAGGGAAGGCUCGCCGGCCCCCCUGGAGCCUGAGCCCGGCCCCGCCCAGCCCAAACUCGCCGUCAUCCAGGAAGCCCGGUUUGCCCAGAGUGCACCAGGCUCACCUCUGUCCAGCCAGCCGGUCCUGAUCACCGUGCAGCGGCAGCUGCCGCAGGCGGUCAAGCCUGUCACCUACACCGUGGCCGCCCCGGUGACCACCUCCCCCUCCCAGCCGCCCGUCGUGCAGACGGUUCACGUCGUGCACCAGAUCCCCGCGGUGUCCGUCACCAGUGUGGCCGCGCUGGCCCCAGCGAGCACACACUCUGGCGCUGGGCAGGCGGUCGUCACUCAGGCAGCUGUGCUGGCUCCUCCUCACGCAGAGCCGCAGGAGAACGGAGACCACAGAGAGGUGAAAGUGAAAGUAGAGCCCCUUCCCGCCAUCAGCCACGCCGCGCUGGGCUCUGCCGGCCGGAUCGCGCAGACGCCGCAGGCCGCACCUGUGCAGACCGUGACCAUCCUACAGCAGGCUCCUCUCGGGCAACACCAGCUGCCGAUCAAAACGGUCACGCAGAAUGGGACUCACGUGGUCCCGCUCCCCACGGCGGUCCAUGGCCAGGUGAACAACGCAGCCGCGAGCCCCUUACACAUGCUGGCGACCCACGCCUCCGCCUCCGCCUCCCUGCCCACCAAGCGCCAGAACGGCGACCAGGCGGAGCAGCCGGAGCUGAAGCGGGUCAAGACGGACGACGGAGGCGACGGCAUCGUCCUCGCGCUGAGCGUGGACACGCCCCCCGCGGCCGCGGCCACGAGGGAGAAGGGCGUGCAGAACUAGCGGGGGCGCCGCUUGCCGUAGAGUCGACUUCCUGGUGCCAAAAGGCCGCGCGCCCUCCCCCAGCGGUGGAGCCCUGUGCUUGGACCCCACACAGAACCCAGGUGGCCUUAGAGACGCGGCACCGCAGCCUGGCUCCAAGACCGUGCCUCCUGCCAGCGUCCGCCAGGCUGCCGCCUCUGGGCCCAGCUUUUAACUUCGAGCGAGAACUCGGCUCCUGCCCGAGGACCCAGCGGCUCCGUGAGGAUGGCGCGGUCGGCGCCCGGUGCACACGGAGCUCCCGGGACUGGGCCCUCCUGCAGGGGGCGGGCGGAGCCACCCCUGCCCUCCGGACUGCCAGCUGGCGCUGGGAGACAGAACAGUGUUUCGUUGUCCACACGUGGAAGGGCUCUGCUGACAGAGUAGCGGGCUGACCUUUCCCACCACUCCAUUUCUACUCUGACGUUCUGGGACCGCACGCACCUUCCUCGUGGAGUUCACUGGGGAGGAGGAAGGACGCAUUUUGUUUCUUUGUUUUCUGCCUAUGGGAUGGUUUCCUUUGUCCCUUGGCGUGCAGACGGAGCUACUCUGCGACUUUGCAGAGCUCUCCGGGGAGCCCGUGUCGGACGGACAGACGGACAGACGCCACGGCUGCAUGUGACCAGAGAGCCCAGGGAGGAGCCGGCGACGGCCAGGACGGCCAGGACGUGUCUGAGCUGCGCUUCCUGUCCUCUUCCCGGCCGGUUUCUGUCACUUGUUUCUUUAUGUUGACUUUGUCCCUGGCAUAAUUUCCCACCUGAGUAAAACCAGUCUCUGAAGCAUUGUGUACGGUGAACAGCAGGGCCCUCGCUGCUGCUCCCCGGCCGAGGCCGCACUCCCUCGGGGGGGCUCUGUGGUCCAGGUGUCCUCACGGUCCCGUCGCUGGGGAGCAGGAGCUCUGGUUAGCACGAGGGUCUUAGGAGCACGCAGCCUCGGAGGGGUGCUGCACACGCAGAGGUCGCCUUCAGGUCAGCUGGAGGUCGGCACGGUCCCUGCAGAAGGGGCGAGGGGUGAGGGGGUGAGGGGGUGAGGGGUCCCCGGGCCCCGUCAGGGAGGAAG